UGGACUUGGUGGGAGGGGGGAGAAGUUUCCCCAAAGACAAGCUUGGAUCACUGAGAGAGACGAUGCCUUCCUCCUCUAACCCAGUCUCACAAGCUGCUCAGUGGAUUUGCUGAUUCCCGAAAUUAUUUUCUGCAAGUUUAUUCAGUCGGACUGAGGAGAGAUUUUGAGCCAGAGGAUGCUCCCACAGGUCAUUCGGAUUCUGUAUGUCUUGUCUUUCUGCUUUUUCCAAGGAGGCUUUAUCAGACUGAGCUCCUGUAAGGAGGAGAUAAAGCCCCCCAGCAGGGCAGGACCACAGCUGUCGCCUUCUGACUUCCUGGACAAGCUCAUGGGGAGAACGUCAGGCUAUGAUGCGCGCAUCAGACCCAACUUCAAAGGUCCACCUGUGAAUGUCACCUGUAAUAUUUUCAUCAACAGCUUUGGGUCCAUCACAGAAACUACAAUGGACUACAGGCUCAAUGUAUUUCUACGGCAAAACUGGAAUGACCCUCGUCUGGCAUACAGCGAAUACCCAGAUGACUCCCUUGAUCUGGAUCCAUCCAUGUUGGACUCUAUCUGGAAACCUGAUUUAUUCUUUGCAAACGAGAAAGGAGCCAAUUUCCACGAGGUCACCACUGAUAACAAGCUGCUACGGAUUUUCCAAGAUGGCAGCGUUUUGUAUAGCAUCAGGCUGACUCUUACCCUGUCCUGCCCUAUGGACUUGAAGAAUUUCCCAAUGGAUAUUCAGACCUGUACCAUGCAGCUUGAAAGCUUUGGUUACACCAUGAAUGACUUGAUCUUUGAGUGGCUGUCUGACAACCCUGUUCAGGUGGCUGAUGAUCUCACCCUCCCACAGUUUGUGCUAAAAGAGGAGAAGGAUCUGGGCUACUGCACAAAGCAUUAUAACACAGGUAAAUUCACCUGUAUUGAGGUGAAGUUCCACCUGGAGCGUCAAAUGGGCUACUAUUUGAUCCAGAUGUACAUCCCUUCCCUCCUCAUUGUUAUCCUCUCAUGGGUAUCUUUCUGGAUAAACAUGGAUGCUGCACCUGCCAGAGUUGGUCUGGGCAUCACCACUGUGCUGACGAUGACCACACAGAGCUCUGGUUCUAGAGCCUCACUGCCCAAGGUGUCCUAUGUAAAGGCCAUUGACAUUUGGAUGGCAGUGUGUCUUCUGUUCGUGUUUGCUGCCCUGCUGGAGUAUGCAGCUGUCAACUUUGUCUCAAGGCAACACAAGGAGUUCAUCAGAUUGAGGAAAAAGCAACGACAGCAAAGAAUAGAGGAGGAACUGAUGAGGGAGAGCCGUGGUUUUUACUUCCGGGGUUAUGGACUGGGUCACUGCCUGCAGACCAAGGAUGGUGCCGCUGUGGAAGGCGCCACUGUGUUCACCCCCCCACCUCCAGUUACCCUGUACGAUGGAGAGGUACUUCACAAGCGUUUUGUGGACCGGGCCAAACGCAUUGACACCAUAUCCAGAGCCGUCUUUCCCUUGAGCUUCCUCAUAUUCAACAUCUUCUACUGGGUCACCUACAAAGUGCUGCGACACGAAGACAUCCAUGCAAAUUUGUAA